UUUAGUUUCACUUUCAGGAAUAACAGGAGGGCACCGAAAGGAAUUCUGGGUUGAAGUUUGAAGACAACCAUAAUCUUAGCUGUGGAAAACUUAAGCCAUGGAGAAAAAUUGUUCAAGGGUCGUCACCGAUGAUGACAUUAAGAGGUUCCGACAGCAACUGCUUCAGUAUGAAAUGUGCAACCUGAGGAUUCUAAAUGACUACUUCCUGAAUGACCUGAAACAUAUGGUGGAGAUUUUGGACACGCAGAACCUCUUGAGCGAACUGAAGUCCCGAAAUGUUCCCAUGAGUCAGCAAAAUUACCCCUUAAUGGAGAAAGAAUUAGGAUCCUCUGUGCUUUCUGAAUGUCUGAUACAAGACAUUAUGGAUGUCGGCCGAGAUGCUGUGCUAGCAUUGUGGGAGAGCCUCUUUGUCCUACAGAAUGAUUACCAACACCCUAAUCUGAUUGGAAUAUUGGCCGAAUUCAGCCAAACAGGUCCUACAUUAGUGUCACUGAUCCAGCUGGAUAAAUAUGGACACCAGUUAUUUCAACUAAAUGAAACCUAUGAUUGUCACAAGAAAAAUCUACAGGAAAUGACCAAAAAUUUAGAAGAACACAAAGCUCCAGGACUUGUAGGACCUAGACUAAGCGGUAGCAUUUCUUCUUGCUACUUGGAUCUAAUUGUUGUCUCCACUCAGCAGUUCAGGAAUCGUUCUCAACAUGAGAUAAUAGAAACUGGAGGGAGACAUGAGCAUUAUUUGAGAAAAGCACAUAGCGCUUUGGAACGGAUUUCACCCAACAGGCUGUUUCGCUGGUGCCACCGAUCUGGCUGCAUACCACAUGCAGUCAUGGUGAGUGGUGUACCAGGAGUUGGAAAGACCACUCUAAUGCAAAAAUUUGUCUUUGACUGGGUGAACAAGAAACAUUAUCAAAGAUUUUCAUUCAUUUUCUUCUUCAAAUUCCGGGAACUAAAUAAAUAUGAUAAAGUCAGUUUGGAUGAGAUGAUCCUUGAACAAUAUCCUUAUCUAUGGAGUCAACUUGAUAUCAUCUUACAGGAUCCAGAAAAGCUGCUCUUCAUUUUUGAUGGUCUAGAUGAAAGUAAUCACAACAUUGAUUUUGCUUCAGAAAAGACAAGCUCUAACACCAAAGAGCAGGUCAACAUUGGCAUAAUUGUGGUUAGCUUGGUGAGACAAAGUCUUCUCAAAGGGUGCUCAAUACUGUUAACCAGUCGGCCAACCAAAAUGGCUUCUGUUGACAUUAGUGUUUUCCAAAGGUUUUCUGAGAUCAUGGGAUUCUUUCCCAAAGAAAGGAAGCUGUACUUUGAGCAUUUUUUCCAUGACCAGAUAUUGUCUGCCAAGGCUUUUCAGUACGUGAGGGAGAAUGACAUGUUGUACACAUUCUGUUACAUCCCGUCGUACUGCUGGAUCGUCUGUAAAGUAUUAUCCAUGUGUUUCAAGGCCUCAUCUAUAAUCAGCGAUCAACAGAUUUUGAGUCUACCAAAAACAGUGACACAGCUCUUUGUAUCUUAUGUGGCCAACACCCUCCUUAAUCAUUGCAUCGAUACUGAAUGUCCUGUGGAGGUCAUGAAAUCCACUGGGAAGAUGGCAGAAUAUGGAAUAAUGAAUCACAUUCUUACUUUUGAUAGAAAAGAUUUUGAACUGUUUCAAGUGGACAUCACAUCGAAAUUACUAUCCAGCUUUAUAAUAGAAACGUAUCAGAAUAAGAGCCAUACUGCGACCUUCUCCUUCCUACAUCUCACCAUUCAGGAGUUCUUCUCAGCUUUACAUCACUACUUAAUUUUUUCUGAGAUAGACUUGCAGUUGUCACUUGACAAAGCCAGAUUUGACGAUGGCCGUGGUGAAAUGUUUAUCCGAUUUCUCUGUGGCCUUUCUGAUGGAAUUACUAUAUCUCUUCUGAAGCCUUACCUACGAGAUAAAACUUCAGCCUCCGAGCAGGUUAUUAGGUGGCUCAGCCAGGAAAUUGCAACAAAAUGGGGGCCAAAAACAGACCCUCGUGAGAAAAUGAAUUUGCUGACAUAUCUUUUUGAGUCCCGCAAUAAACCCCUUGUUUACAGUACCAUAGGGCCACACGGACAGCUGGACUUUUCUGAAUUUCACCUUACACCUGUGGACUGCACCGUUUUGGCUUUUAUCCUUGAUUCCUGUAGAGAUACCAAUUGCCUUAACCUAGAUAGAUGUUUUAUCCAAAGCGAAGGCUUGGAGAGAUUAACUACAAUCCUGCACACAGUUCAAAAACUCAGGCUUUCAAACAAUGACCUGAAAGAUAGUGACAUGCAGCUAAUUUACCAAGUGCUAACACACCCCACCUCCAAGCUACAAAAACUGAGUUUGAGGAAUAACUCUUUAACAAGCACAGCAUGUUCCUUAUUGGCAGUAGCAUUAAGUAUGAACCUGAGCCUGACAGAACUGGAUCUAUCCAGGAACAAUUUAGCUGGUCCAGAUAUCCAUAACUUGAUGACAACUCUCUCCUCUCCAACCUGCACCAUAUCACAUUUGUUUCUCCAACAGAUAAAACUGACAGAUGAAUAUGCUCAUCUUCUGACCUCACUGAGUAAAAACCCAAACCUCAGACAUCUAGACCUGAGCCAUAAUUUCCUUACUGAUGCAAGUGCUGAACAUAUACAACAACUUAUAUUGAGUUCACAAACCCUAAAAGAAAUUAGGAUUGAGGUAAAUGAAUUUUCCAAGGAAAAAGAAGGAUUCUUACAACAACUUCAAGAACUUCAGCCAGGGUUAUCUAUCGUUGUAUAAAAUAUAACCGACAGAAGAAGGCACCCAAUAACGUGAAAUCGGUUAAUGAAGGACAUUCUUAAAGGGUUUCUAGGAUCACAAAAACACUGCUGCUUGUUUCCAUAACAGCACCACCAUAUGUACAUCGGCUAUGUUAGACAUUGCAGCUAAAGCAUUAAUAAAUUCCAAGGGGCUUAGA